AUGGAUGGCUUCGGAAGGAAGGGUCGACACUUACAAAAGGUUUUUGGGGUCUUAGAUAUGAUGAAUUCUUCUAAUGUUUCCCCUGAUGUUGUUACAUAUAACACUCUCAUUCAUAGUCUUGCCACAAGAGGAUUUGCCAAUGAGGCAAAGCAAAUCAUGUUUGAACUUAUCAAAAGGGGUUUCUCCCUGGAUGUAGCAGCAUUCACUAAUGUUAUAGACGGGUUUUCAAAGAAGGGGAACUUUGAGGAAGUCUUUUUUGUGUGGUUCUGCAUGAGUGAGCAUGAGGUCAAACCCGAUGUAGUGACAUGCAGUGCCCUUCUCAACGGAUACUGUAAGAAACGUCAAAUGGAACAAGCCAAUGUAUUAUUUCGCAAGAUGCUUGAUAUUGGAUUACAUCCAGACCUGAUAGUGUAUAACACUUUGAUUCGUGGAUUUUGUAGUGUUGGAAGCAUUGAUGAUGCUUGCAACUUGAUAUGUAUGAUGGUUGAAAAUGAUAUGAACAAGUCAUGUGGUGCUGGGACUGUGCUUGGCUGCGAGCAGAAGAGAAAUUACCAGCAUGGACCGGGGAUGCUAUCUCAUGUCCUGAAUACACUUCGAGCACUUGAUGAUGGAACAGGUCUAGAUUGGAUCAAGAAACAUCUCCAUUCACCUGAUGCCAGGCUUUAG